AUGGGAGGCGGGGACUUGAAUACAAAAAAAACUUGGCAUCCUAGUACAUUUAAAAAUCAAGAACGAGUAUGGAAAGCAGAGCAAGCAGCAGCAGAAGAAAAGAAACGUAUUUUGGAGUUGGAACGGGAACGAGCCCAGGAAAGAGACCGUGAAGAGUUGAAUGAGUUAAGCAAGCCAAAAUCUAAAGAUGACCGCUUACAUUGGAUGUAUGAUAAACCUGAUAAGAAGGUUCAACAAGAAGAUUAUUUGCUGGGGAAAGCAAUAGACAAAAACUAUGACCAAAGUAGUAAAAUUGAAAAUGACAUACCAGCUGUAUCACGCAGAGUGGUGGGCUCGAGUAUGCUCACAUCAGCUGGUGAUGUUCAAGUUGACUUAGCACGGAAACUACGAGAAGAUCCUUUAUUGAUGGUUAAAGAAAGAGAAAGGGCAGCAAGAGCAGCUCUUCUAAACAAUCCAGUCCAAAGACGACGACUCACAGAACUGUUACGGAAAGAACAGGAGCAGAAAAAUGCACAAAAAAGCGAGAAAAAAUCAAAAAAGAAAGGGAAAGAUAUAGAUGAUUUACUUGCAGCAAAGUUAAAUGCUUUAGGUGGUGAAAAGGGAAUGAAUAUUGCCAAAUUGCUUGAAUCAGAUGAUUCAUCAUCAGAUAGUUCUUCGGAUGAAAAAAGUAAAAAAGAAAAAAAGAAAAAGAAGAAGAAAAAACAAAAAUCUAAAAAAAGUAAACAUGAUUCUGACUCUGAUUCUCCACACAAAAAAAAGAAAUCCAAGCAAAAAAAGAAAAACUUGAAAGAGUCUAGUGAAUCAGAAUAUGAAGAAAAAAGAGUAUCUAAAGUUAAACAUGUAGAUAGUAGUAAAAAAACUUCACCGUUAAAGAGAAAAUCUACUAAUGACAGCAGUGAUUAUGGAGCUUCUCCCCAUAAGAGGUCAAGAAAGGACCCCUCACCUUAUAGAAAAAGAUCUGAAAGAAAAAACAAGGACGAUAUCCGGGAUGAAACUAGAGAUAGAAAAUAUGUAAGAGAACAAAGUUAUGAAAAAAGAAGAGGAGAAGAGAAAAAAGAUAGUUGGGUUCAAGGAAAUAAAAGCUCAAAAGGUCUCAGUGAGGAGGAGAAAGCUGCGAAAUUGGCGGAAAUGGUUGCUGCAGGGGCGGAAAGGGAAGUACAACGUGGUAAACGUGUUGCUGAACAAAGAUCAGAAAAUACAUCUGAAAAAAUUUUGCCCAGAUUUCAGUCAUCUCGAAAUGAAGCUCGUACUUUGCCCGAUUCUCUCGAAAGUCGUAUCCAUUCAAACAGACAUUAUAUUCAGCGCGGCCAACGCCACAUGAAUGAACACUUUGCACGACGG